CUCUUCCUUUCCCUCCCCGGGAAUUCCCCCCUGUUCCAGGCCCCGGAAGGCGACGGCGACGGCGACGGCGACGACGACGACGACAUCGGCGACGCCGAGUCCGGAGCUGCGACGGUCUUGUCGGAACUGAAGGGGGAAGAGGGAAAGACAAGAUGGAGGAAGCAAUGGUAGCAAGAUAUUGGUGCCACGUGUGCUCCCGAAUGGUGAAUCCCAUUCUGGAAGCAGAGAUCAAGUGCCCGUACUGCGAAAGCGGUUUUAUUGAAGAGAUGAGCUCCACCACGAGGGAUACACGGGACUCUGACGGCGACUUUGGUUCAGACCGUGCGCUCUCUCUUUGGGCACCGAUUUUGCUUGGCAUGAUGGGCAAUAACCGUCGAAGACGUAGGUUCAGACGCUUGGGAUUUGAAGAUGAAGAUGAUGAUACCGAGGAGGGCGAGUCGCAUCAUGGAGUCGAUGCUGAGUUCGAUCGGGAAAUUGAAUCCAUAAUUCGUAGGAGGAGGAGAAGCUCAGCCACUAUCUUGCGAUUGUUGCGAGACGCUAGAGCUGGAAUUGCAUCUGAAUCAGAAAAUGGAGGUACUGCUAGAGACAGAGAUGGAGAUAGGGAUGGGCAUAGGGAAAGAGAGCGUGUCAUCUUGAUAAAUCCAUUCAAUCAAACUAUAGUCCUUCGGGGUUCGUCAGAUUAUUCGAACCAGAACUCAAACCUAAUUGGCUCGCUGGGCGAUUAUUUUGUCGGCCCUGGUUUGGAUUUGCUGUUGCAACAUUUGGCGGAAAACGAUCCCAAUGGACAUGGUACGCCACCCGCCAGAAAGGAGGCCAUUGAAGCUAUGCCAACCGUGAAGGUGGCGGAGAAUGUGCAGUGUUCAGUAUGCUUGGAUGAUCUCCAGAUUGGAGCAGAAGCUAAAGAGAUGCCAUGUAAGCAUAAGUUUCAUAGUGGCUGUAUCUUGCCUUGGCUUGAGCUCCAUAGUUCUUGCCCGGUUUGCCGUUUUCAGUUGCCUAUUGAUGAAUCAAAGACUGAUGCUGAUGGGUCCAGGAACGGAAAUGACACAGGUGAGAGGGAGAGGGAGAGUGAGAGUGCUCGGGGUAGUGUUGAAGAAGGAGAAGGGAACCACAGAAAUGAAAAUGGCAGGAGGUUUUCAUUCCCAUGGCCUUUCAGUGGUUUGUUUUCUUCCAACUCUGGAUCGCAUUCUGGGGGAGGAAAUUCUACCUCCUCGCCGUCGGGUUCAUCAUCAAACGAACGUGAAGGUGCUUCAUUUUAAACCGGUGAGAAUUGAGAACAAUUCUUACUAGUUCUGGUAUUUCUUCCUUGGCUUGUUGCUGUGGUGAUCUUGCAUUCCGCCUGUACAUAGUAUUGUACUUGCUUAUGUGGAAUUUUCCAAGAAGAUAUUACUAUUUUUUUUUCCCAUUUGUUGGAAAUUUGUAUUUUCUUUUGUGCUUUUUAAAAUAGAAACGAGAAGGAUUUGCACAUCCUCGUGUGAUGAUAAAACAGCUACCGCGACUGUGAUUGGCAUUGCUGUCAA